AUGGCAGGGACCGUCACUGAAGAGGUCCUGAUCAUGAGCCUGGCCGUUGUCCAGGGAGCCAGCCAGCAGCUGGCGGAACAUCGGGACAUGUCCCAAAACUCAGAUGAGGCAAUGGCACUAAUGGCAUCUGUGUGGACUGGGGACACUGAGUCUCCUGUGUGUGGAGACCAUCAAGGAGAGGCUGAAACAGCCAUUGUCUUGCCAGAAACACAGAGAGAGGAAGUGGCAGCUUCAUGGCCUGAGAUGCCUGUGCCAGAGGCUGGAGCAUGCCACUCUGCCCCAGAAGCAGCCAACGAAGGAGAAGCAGGAGCUUCUGCCUUUGAUCGUGAAUCUGGGCACCCGGUGAGCGAGGCACAUAUGGCUGGCACCGGAGAUACUGUGGAGAUUCAAGCAGGAGUCUCGCAUGGGCUACCUGUGGCAGAGAGAUUCCUGCUGCUCCCUAUGCCAGAGCCUCUGGAGGAGCCGGAGAGGAGCAGCAUGGCCCACACCAGUCACAGGCUCGACAUGCAAAGGAGAGCCAGCCUGCCUUGGCUGCUGGGCAGCUCUGUGGAAAGGGAGCUCCAGCAGCAGGAGGGCCAGAGGCCUCGUUUCGCCUUGCGGCGGGGACGGAUGCCCAGUCACAGGCAGGUGACGCCAGGGACCUUGGGCGAGGAAGCUGACGAUGAGGAGUUAGACAGAAAGGAAGAAGAGGAAUGGGAAGAGGCCAUGGACAAAGAGCUUUCCGAAGUGGAAGAGGUCACCAUACGCAACCUCUGGGUCAACCUCUCAGUCCCAGACCACUUCCAGGACACCCAUGCAGAUCCCCAGGAGGGAUCCAGCUGCCCCACCAGCAUGGGCAUGGACGCAACAGGAGAGGGAACCAGCCAACAGCUGGUGGAGUAUCAGGACAUGACCCAAAUUCUGGGUGAGUGA